UGACAGAUGGGAGACCCAGUCCAGUUAAAAGAUGAGGGAAACAAACACUUUCAGGCGGGAGAUAUUGACAAGGCCAUUGAGUGCUACACUAAUGCCAUCAAGGUGUGCAAAGACAAGAAGGUGCUGGCUGUCAUUCACAGGAACAGAUCUGCAUGCUACCUAAAAAGGUAAGAAAACUAUACCAAUGCAGCAUCUGAUGCUUCUAGAGCAAUUGAUGUCGAUGCAUCAGACAUAAAAGCCUUAUACCGGCGCUGCCAAGCCUUGGAGAAACUUGGUAAAUUGGACAUGGCUUUCAAAGAUGUGCAAAGAUGCGCAACGCUUGAACCCAAGAACAAGACUUUCCUGGAGACUCUCCGCAGGCUGGGAGCAGAGAUCCAGGCCAAGCUCAAAACAACAUUCUCCACAGAUUCACGGGUACAGAACAUGUUUGAGAUUCUCCUUGAUGAAGAAAUGGGAAAGGACAAGAGGGAAAAAGCUGCCAACAACUUGAUUGUUUUGUCUAGAGAAGACGCUGGAGCCGAGAGAAUCUUUCAGAAUAACGGAGUACCUCUGUUACUCAACAUGAUAGAGACAGGCAAACCAGAGAUGAUCUUGGCUGCUAUUCGUACUUUAUCAGGAAUGUGCACAGGACACAAAGCUCGGGCCAUGGCCAUUGUUAACAUGGUGGGUGUUGAUAAGAUGUGCAGCAUCAUGGCUAUUGACAAUGAAGAGAUUGCAUUGGCAACCUGCAACCUCUUCCAGUGCAUCAAUGACUCCCUCACUGGUGGGGACACAAGGGAAUAUGGGAAAGAAGCAUCCUUGGUUUUAGAUGCAUCUAAAGACCUGAAAACUAUUCUUCUCUCGCUGCUGGAGAUGGUUUCUAGCAGCAAGGUUUCUGGCCACGGCAGAGACCAGGCACUGAACCUCUUGAACAAGAAUGUACCUCGGAAGGAUAAGAAAGAGAAAAAUAACUCCAGGACCCUCUUUACAAUUGACCAUGGUCUGAAGAAGAUCCUUAAAGUUUGUGGUCAAGUUCCUGAACUUCCAGACCAGCUGCCUUUGACAGAGAACACACAGCUGAUUGCCAGUGUGCUCCUCAACAAGCUCUAUGAUGACCUCACAUGUGACCCAGAGAGAAACAACUUCAGGGACAUUUGUGAUGAAUAUAUCAAAUCCAAAAUUGACCCCAACAACAUGGACAAAACCAUUCAUGCCAUCAACACGAUCUCAGGGCUGCUGCAGGGUCCUUUUGAUGUUGGUAAUGCUCUAGUUGGACGGCAAGGCAUCAUGGAGAUGAUGGUGGCACUGUGUGGCUCUGAACGUGAGGUGGACCAGAUGGUUGCCGUGGAGGCCCUGAUCCAUGCGUCCUCAAAGAUGAGCCGUGCCAGCUUCAUUAUUACCAAUGGAGUGUCCCUGCUAAAGGACAUCUACAAGAAGACCAAGAACGAGAAGAUUAAAAUACGUUCGCUGGUGGGUCUCUGUAAACUGGGUUCAGCUGGAGGUGAUGACUACAGUCUGAGGCAGUUUGCUGAAGGCUCGACAGAGAAGCUGGCCAAGCAGUGCAGAAAAUGGCUCUGUAAUCCCCAGAUUGAUACCAAAACAAGAAAGUGGGCCAUUGAGGGUCUUGCUUAUCUGACAAAUGACGCUGACGUCAAAGAUGACUUUGUGGAGGAUGAACUUGCUAUGAAAGCCAUGUUUGAACUGGCUAAGUCUAAAGACAAGACAAUCUUAUAUGCAGUUGCUUGCAUCCUGAUUAACUGCACCAACUGCUAUGAUAAAAAGGAAAUUAUCCCUGAGCUGGUUCAACUAGCCAAGUUCUCAAAACAACAUGUGCCUGAGCAACAUCCCAAGGACAAGAAAGACUUUAUAGAGAAGAGAGUGAAAAGGCUGCUGAAGGGUGGAGUCACGUCAGCUCUAGCUGUCAUGGUCAAAGCAGACAGCUCCAUCUUGACAGACCAGACCAAGGAGAUGCUGGCAAGAGUUUUUCUGGCAUUGUCAGAGGAUCCCAAAGAUCGUGGUACUAUUGUUGCCCAAGGUGGGGGAAAGGCUUUGAUACCACUCGCUCUGGAAGGGACAGAUGUGGGAAAGGUGAAAGCCAGCCACGCCCUUGCCAAGAUAGCAGCUAUUUCCAAUCCAGAAAUUGCCUUUCCUGGUGAACGGGUGUACGAGGUUGUGCGACCGUUAGUUAACCUCCUUCAAACAGACAGAGAUGGAAUGCAGAACUUUGAAGCUCUGAGAGGCCUCACCAACUUGGCUGGUUACAGUGAAAAACUAAGAGUCAAGAUUGUGAAAGAGAAAGCUUUGCCAGAGAUUGAAAACUACAUGUUUGAAGAACAUGACCAGAUUAGACAGGCUGCAACAGAAUGCAUGUGCAAUCUUGUGACCUGCAAAGAGGUCCAAGAACGAUAUCUGGAGGAUGGCAAUGAUAAGCUGAAGCUGCUGGUGCUGCUAUGUGGUGAAGAUGAUGACAAUCUUCAGAUAGCUGCAGCUGGAGCUCUGGCCAUGAUCACCGCCUCUCAGAAGAAGCUGUGCACAAAAAUGACCCGGGUGACAACCCAGUGGCUGGAGAUCCUGCAGAGGCUGUGUCUCCAUGUCAACCCUAUGAUCCAGCACCGUGGUCUUGUGAUUGUCUAUAACAUGCUCAGCUCAGAUGAUAGUGAGGUGGCCAAGAAACUGAUCGAGAGUGAGAUGCUGGAAAUCCUCACAGUGAUUGGCAAGGCGGAGGACAAUCCCAAGAGGCAGGAUCCCAUUGAUACAGCACGCACAUGCCUGGUCAAAGCUAUGGAUCUUGGCCUGAUCAAACCCUUUUCCAGCCCUUCUUAAAAGACUGUCAACAAGUCAAACAACAACAACGGACUAUCUUCUUUAUUUCCUCUGUUAAAUAGAGACUUUCCCUCCAAAUUUCUUUUUCCAUAUCUGAGAAAUUCAAGAAUUCAACAAACUGGCUCCAGAUCAGUAAAUAUAAUAAUCCCUCACAAUAUAGAUCAGUGUUUGUUUGUUUUUUGUUGUUGUUUUUUUAAAUCUAGUUGUUGUUUUGGGCAAUAUAGUAAGUACAUAAGGUGGAUUACCUGCUGUGAGACUUUUCUUCUCAGAUGGAAUUGAGGACAUAUAUUUUUUUUCUUUGUACUGAGCUCACUGAUUUAAACAUACCCUUGAAAUACCAUUUUAUAUUUCAGUAUCUAUCUAUCUAUCUAUCUAUCUAUCUAUCUAUCUAUCUAUCUAUCUAUCUAUCUAUCUAUCUAUCUAUCUAUCUAUCUAUCAAAGAUGACACACAACUGAAAACUCCUCUCCUUCUGUCUACUCUAUCUUGUGAUAAUAUGAAAUAAAUCUGCCCAGCUUGUGACAUUUGAAAAGAAAGUAAUGUGAUUCAGCAUUUAAGUGACUAAACAAUUGGUAAUUACAACAUUUCCACUGAGUAACUGUGGCUAAAAUACCUAAGACAGCAAUAUCCUCAACCAAUGACUCACUCCAGUCCUAAUCUUAACCUCUACUUAUCAGAGCCUUGUCUAGUUCACUGGAUGUCAAUUGCAAUACAAGCUGCCACUAAUCAUGCAUGUCAUGUGGCUUUCUACUCUGCUUCUGCUAUGUCUGUUUUAUCAGAAUCCUCUUCACUACAGGAAACAACAAUUGCAACCUCCACGAUAGCAAACCAUAUUUGAGACUUCAAAACUGGAGUGCACAAACCACUGCCAUGACCAUGUUUUAUCUCCAGUCAGUGAUUGAAACUGAAAGACAACUCUUACUAAAAAGAAACUGUCACAUUUCCAGAAUAUAAAUCUGAAGAUUGUGAUUGCAAAACUUAAGUUAUGUAGCUUAAAUAAAAGGGGAUAGCAAAUUAAACGGUCACACAAUGAGCAAAUAUAUACUUUUUUUUAAAAAGAUGGAAGCUGUAAUAAUUGAAUGAAAAAAUACAUUUUCUAGUGCAGCUUUUUUUCAUGCAGUAGCCUGUGACUGCAUAGGCUAUCUUAGAAGUGUUUCUAUGUGGGAGUGCUCUGUUUGUUUGUUUGUUUGUUUGU